AUGGCUUCAGAAACGGUCCGGUUGAGAGGAAGACCAGCCCAUACUCCGGGAACUACUAUUCUCAGCUAUACGCCUAAUGGCCGACGAGUCAUAACCGCUGGUUCCAACUCUGCCAUUCGAAUAUUUACGAUUGGAGAAAACGAUGAACCAAAAACAGUUGAUGAUGGUGUGGAUGGGCGAUUGGGGAUUGUUGCAACCAACGAUUCGUUUAUCAUGGGAGGGGAGGACGGAACGGUCUGGAGAUACGAAUUAGAAACAGGUCAGAUGGAUAAAUUGCUGGUCCGCUGCGCGUUACCCGUACGAGACUUGUCACUGUCAAAGGAUGGGGAUUGGGUGGCCGUUGCCAGCGAUGACCUCGUGGUCAAAAUCGUUAAUAUUCAUGAUAUGACCAUUGUGAAGUAUUUACGGGAGCAGAGUAAAGGUGUUAAGCAUGUGACCUUCGACCCCAGCGGACGAUUUAUUGCCGUCUCUGGCUCAGAUGGAAUCAUCUACGUAUACUCCGUCGAUGGGCCGCAGCCAGAACUGGUGAAGAGAAUUGAUGGCAUAAUUGGCAGACUGGAAACAGACAAUGAAGCCACAACACGGGCAGUGUGGCAUCCAGAGGGCAGAGCAUUUGUUGCCGUUGAGCCAACACGAGAUAUUGCGAUAGUCGCUGCGAGCGACUGGACGAAACAAAAUGUGUUCCCUGCCGGCCAUAAUGCAGAUAUUACCGCGCUUGCCUGGUCCCCGAACGGAGCCUUGCUGGCGAGUGCUGGGGCAGAUCGUCAAAUUGUGCUUUGGGAGACGAAGACGCAAAAGAUUCUGCGGAGAUAUGAUAUACCAAACGUGAUAAAUCUCGCAUGGCAUCCCGUUGAUAACACCCUCUCUUUUACCACAUCUGAUGGUGAACUAUUCAUGUUUGAAGAUUUUGUUCCUGUAGAGCAUAGGUCAUUGCUCGAUAAACCAUUAGAAAGUGCACCUUUGCUCUCUGGAGCUCCUCAAAAGCAAAUGGGUCUCCCUACCAGGCGUUUGACGAAUGGCUUACAGACUAGCCUGGAAAAUCAACCAAGAAGGAGCGGUACUCCGGACCCUUUAGAUGAUAUUUUGGGACCCAUGGAGGAAGACGAUGGAUUCAUCGAGGAUGACGAUGGAGCUGGUUAUGUAGAAAUCAAUCAAUACGGAAAACGCACAACUGGUUCUUGUGAUGAGCUAGAUGGCCAUGAUGAUAAACGGCGGAUGGGUAUGUUCUUACAACCAAAGCAACACUCCCCAUUUCAGCCCGGCAGUACUCCCUGGAGAGGUAACAGAAGAUAUCUAUCUCUCAAUUUAAUCGGAUUUGUUUGGACGGUUAAUCAAGAGACACACAAUACUGUCACUGUCGAGUUUUACGACCGGGAGCGGUUUCGGGACUUCCAUUUUACCGACCCCUUUUUGUACGAUAAGGCCUGUUUAAAUGAGAAAGGAACAUUAUUUUCAUGCCAGCCGUCGAACGGGAAUCCGGCUACUAUAUUCUAUCGCCCUCACGAAACCUGGACAGUACGGGCUGAUUGGCGAACUCAACUCCCUGAAGGCGAGAGUAUCACUGCCAUCGCACUUAGCCAUUCCUAUAUUGUUGUGACUACCUCUGCGGAUUAUGUCCGAGUUUACACCCUCUUUGGCACCCCGUACCGAAUUUAUAGGCAAAAGAGUCAAAGUGUUACUUGUGCGGCGUGGAAAGACUAUGUUCUAACAGUAGGAAACGGGCCUGUCGGCAGCGAUGGUAUGGCCCAACUAACCUAUUCGAUUGAAAAUGUUAAACGGGAUGAAAUUUGCCAAAAUGAAGAUCAUGUCGCUUUACCCGACUCUGCCGAGCUUCGAAGCGUUUUCUUUUCAGAUAGUGGGGAUCCCUUCAUAUACGAUUCUACAGGGGUGCUGUUAGUAUUGCAACACUGGCGAAAACCCGGACAAGCACGCUGGGUCCCACUUCUUGAUACGAAACGAAUGGAUCGCCUUAGCAACGGACGGAAAGAAGAGACGUACUGGCCUGUCGCAGUGGCACAAGAUUCCUUCCACUGUAUCAUUCUCAAAGGCGGAGAUCGCUACCCCUAUUUUCCCCGACCACUGCUCAGUGAAUUCGAAUUCAAAAUCCCCAUCUCCACGAAACCGAACAAAAACCUCACCGCGGAUGGUGAGGAUGAAACCAUGGACGAGUCCACGGGGCAAGACUCUAUUAACAAACUGGAAGAAGCGUUUAUACGUUCCAGCCUUUUCUUCAGCCUGCUGGAUGACCGUGUCGCCGCAUCCGAAGCCACAGGUGGUAAUGGAGAUGUGGAGUUGCACAGGAAGGAAAUUGAUAUCGACAAGACUAUUUUGCAGCUGCUGGCUAUUGAGUGUCGGGAGGGUGAAGAAAGGGGUAUGAAGGCUCUUGAGCUCGUUUCUAUGAUGCGAGAUCGUAGUGGAAAGAUGUUGGAUGCUGCGCGCAAAAUUGCACUGCGGUAUGAACGGACUGUUCUGGAUGAGAAGAUUAGGGAACUUGCGGAGCGGAGGCUUAUGGCUAUUGUAACAUUGAGGUUGGUUAAUGUAGCCCAAAACAUAGAUUUAAAGCGACCCAUGCCCAAGGUUCGUUUCCUGCAUCUCCGCCAGAACAGCGUCCUCUACUCCCAUCCCAGUUCCCCACACGGGCCUCAGGGCGGCAAGUUAUGUCCUGAAAUGAUACAGCUCUGUGCCCCUCGCCGUGCGCAUAUACGCGAACCCCGUAGAUGCCUAACCCAGAUCCGCCACUAUGCCUCUGCAGAGCUGUGGUUCACGGCGAAUACGCCAGAUUACUCGUUUACAAGCAGUCCCCAACGAUGGAGUAUGGGGCUAGGCAAUGAUGAUGGUAACGGGGACCAUAAGCCGCCGGAUAAACGUAUAUUAAAUCUUGGGAAAACUCUCCGCAUCCUCUCUUCCCAUCUCCCAAGUAUUCUCGUCAAUCCACUACCCCAAGAGAUUCUUUCUCCAAACGUAUCUCUCCAUUUAUUCCCUUCAACACAUCCCCACCUCCCCACAGUCAAAGGCAGAGUACCCUACCGCGCAGCACUCUGGACGGCACCAGUGGCCUGGGGAAGUGUUCCCAUAGUUGGCAAUGUUAGGCUCGAGAUCAUGAGCGAGCGGAUGGUUAACGCACCAUCCAUCGUAGCCUAUGAUGACGAACAUAGAUACGGAGAUGAGAAACUAGUUGUCCGCUGGCGAACAGAGGGCGGCAGCUCGGAUUCCCCCAGCUACUUUAAAAAGUCGAAUGAUAGCGAUUCACCACCUACCAUUGGAGCGACGACGAGGAAUUCUACCACUACCAACGGAGAGUCCGCAAACAAGUCAACGAUGUCAGCAUUAUCAUCUUCAUCGAACGGGACGAAUCGUGGCCUGAGCAAGUUGCUAGGCGGGGACGCACCGAUUUUCAAGCUGGGCAAGGAAGAGCAAUUUAGCGGCCUGUUUAUUUUCCUGUUCGAUGAUCAGGGCCGUAUUGCCAGCCACACCAUUGAACAUGCGGAUGAGAAUAAUGGGUGGGAUAGAACAGCUAGGGUUGUCACCUUGACGGACUGGCUGCUGGGGAAGGCCAAAUGGGGGGGUUCCCGCGGUGAUGCUGGCCCCACGCCGGCGCUCGCUGUGGGUUUGGAGCUUUCGCAGCGGAAUCAAAUGAUGUUCAAGUAG